AUGGUACCAGCUUCACCUUCUGUAACAAUCCCCAAGUCUUACGAGACGCUCGCUCUCGCUGAUGUCAAGGUCUCGCAUUAUCCGGAGGGCGCCCCGGUGGCCACGCCCGUCGUGGUUGUGACCCUAAACCGACCAGACAAGAACAACGCCUUCUCAACGGAGCUGAUGGACGCCUUCGAGAAGGUCUACCCCAUGUUCGACGUAGACGAACGCGUCAAAGUCGUCGUGUUGACCGCAGCAGGCAAGUUCUUCUGCGCAGGAGCCGAUCUCAAAGCCCCGUUAAAUCUGGAGCAAGAGCGACCGCUCGACUUUCGCGAUCCCGGCGGACGCAUGGCCCUAUCCAUCUACCGGUGUCGCAAACCCACCAUCGCCGCCCUCCAAGGCUCCGCUGUCGGCAUAGGAAUCGCCAUAACCCUGCCCUGCGCCGUUCGGAUAGCGUGCGAAAAGGCCAAGUACGGGUUCCUCUUCGCUCGUCGCGGUUUAACCCUAGAAUCAAGCUCAUCGUUCUUCCUCCCCCGUCUGAUCGGAUAUUCGCAUGCCAUGUACUUGUUGACCACCGGCCAUGUAUUGCCGCCGACGUCGCCGCAUUUCGGCUCGUUAUUUGCCGAGACUCGUCCCGAUGCUACGCAGGUAGUGUCUCGUGCGUUGGACUUGGCGACUGAGAUCGCGGAAAAUGUGAGCCCGUUGGCGUUGCAUCUGAAUUAUGCGCUCAUGUGGCGCAAUCCGGGCACUGCGGAGGGGACCCAUAUUGUUGAUUCGACGGUGAUUUAUCAUAUGUUUAGUGGUCGGGAUAUGCAAGAAGGUGCCAAAUCCUUCCUGGAGAAAAGAAAGCCUGUUUUCGUAGCCACAUUGGGGGUGGAUGCCCCGCCGAAUUAUCCAUGGUGGACUGAGAUUGAUACAGGUAGGCGGGCCAGAGCCGCGAAGCUGUGA